UUACCAAGCAGGCAUCCAGACAAACCCAGCAACAAGAGCUAGAACAGCAAUGGCUCUUCUAGCACUUGUGUUUGAGCAGCUGCAUAAGAGUGUCUUUCUUCUUCCUCUUCUCGUCCUUUCUGCGUUCAUUCUCUUUUCGUUUACUAGAUCAUCGUCCAAUGGCGACGAGAAACGCAAACUCAAGUUACCACCUUCCCCACCAAGGUUGCCAUUGAUCGGAAACCUUCACCAGUUAGGCACAUUCCCGCACCUUUCUCUCCAUGCUCUCUCGAAAAAGUAUGGCGAUUUAAUGCUAGUUCAUUUCGGGAAAGUUCCGACUCUGAUUGUUUCGUCUGCAGAGAUGGCCAAGGAGGUGAUGAAGACGCAGGACAUUGCUUUCUGCAGCCGGCCGAAAGCCACUGCUCCAGGAAUAUUGUUCUAUGACGCUCAUGAUGUGGCGUUUGCUCCUUACGGGGAGUACUGGAGGCAAGUUCGGAAAAUCUGUGUUCUUGAGCUUCUCAGUCUUAAGAGGGUUUCACAGUUUCAGUACGCAAGGGUUGAAGAAGUUUCCGAGUUGGUCGGAAAGAUUCGCAAAGCGUCGAGUCUCAAUGGCGGGGGUCCUAUUGUUCUGAGUGAUCUGCUGGUGGCAACCUCCAACAACAUCAUCUGCAGGUGUAUUCUCGGACAAAAGUUUGAGGGCGAAGAGAACAAGUGGUUCGGAGAUGUGGCGAAAGAUUUGAUGUGCCAACUCAUGAGUUUCAGUUUUACGGAUUACUUUGGUCCGAGGAUGAGUUGGCUCGACCGUGCUAGAGGCCACAUUAAACAUUUGACAUCAAUUUGGUCCGAAUUUGAUAAGUUCUUCGAUAAGUUGAUUGCCGAACAUAAGGAGGCAGAGAAAGAAGGCAAGCCUCGCAAGAAGGAUUUCGUGGAUAUUCUCCUCCAAGUUCAAAAGGAUGGCAAUGACUUUGAGCUCAAAAGUGACCACCUCAAAGCACUUCUACAGGACAUGUUUGUCGGAGGAAGUGAUACUAGUUGGACUGCCAUGAUAUGGUUGAUGACAGAGCUUGCAAAAAAUCCGCGUGUGAUGAAGAAAGCCCAAGAAGAGGUAAGAAGAGUGGUGGGGAAAAAGGGAUUUGUAGAUGAGAAUGUUGACAUCCCCCAAAUGACCUACAUGAUAUGUUGCAUCAAAGAAAAUAUGAGAGUUCAUCCUCCGGCACCUCUUUUACUUCCCCGUGAAACAAGUACAGGUGUGAAAUUGGGAGGUUACGACAUCCCUGCGAAAACACAAGUGUUUGUCAGCGCAUACUCGGUACAAAGGGACCCCAAAGUCUGGGACAAGCCCGAUGAGUUUUACCCGGAGAGGUUCGAAGAAAAGUCCGUUGGUUUCGUAGGUCAGGAGUUUGAACUCAUCCCAUUCGGUGCUGGGAGAAGAGUGUGCCCUGGACUCGGCUUUGGGGUUGCUUCAGCUGAAUAUGUGCUUUCCAACCUUCUAUAUUGGUUUGAUUGGAAAUUGCCUAGUGGUGGUAAAGCAUUGGCUGAGACCAUGGACACCGAUGAAGUUUACGGACUCACAGUCCAUAAGAAAGCUUCUCUCAACCUUAUCCCAAUCCCAUACAACCCUUGAUCCCUCCAUAGAGAGGGACCCCGAAGUAUGGGACAGGCCGGAGGAGUUUAUCCCAGAGAGGUUCGAGGACAGCCCCAUUGAUUUCAAGGGCCAGGACUUUCAACUCAUCCCAUUUGGUGCUGGGAGAAGGGGUGCCCGGGAAUUGCCCUUGGGUUCUUUCGGCCGAACAGGUGCUUGCGAACAUUCUGUACUGGUUUGAUUGGAAAUUGCCUAGUACUAGUGGUAGUGCAUUGCGUGAAGCCUUGGACAUGACUGAAGUUUAUUGGCUCACGGUCCGUAAGAAAGCUCCUCUGAUUCUUGUGCCGGUACCCGACUCUCCUUGAUCCCUCCAUCCAGAGAUUUCGUGUUUAACUUGCUCUUAAUCUAGUUGUUCUUUUGUUUUUUUGCUGAAGAAGUUGUCUGCCUUAAUGAUAUGGUAAACUAUAUAAAAUGUAUUGUUUGCCUAAGUUCUCAGAGGCAUCUCAAUAAACACUUCUCCCAUCUUAGCUACUUCCA